AUGAAAUCGUUUAAAGUUUCUAGUGGAAUUAUGGAUACUAUGAAAAAUUAAUAAAAAGAUGUGAAAUCUUCUUAGAUGAUAGUUGACAAAGUGAAUGAAAUUGUAUAUUUUAAUAUAAGACAUAGCACAGUGGAAUUAAUGAAAAUAAUUUAAAAUAAGUUAAUUAACAUCUUAUAAACCAUUUUUAAUUUAAGCCAAUAGUGAAUAAUGAAUAACCUAAUAAUGCUUUAUAAAAAAUACGUAAUAGAUCUAAAAGUAAAUUUUAAUCAUUAAUGCAUUCUCAAAUUAGUUAAUAGGUUGAGUCUGUUCAAAAUUCAUAUUAAUAGAUAGAAUUACUAGAAGAGAAGGAUAAGGAGAUAAAAUAUUAUAAGAAUCAUAUAUAAUAAUUAACAGAAGAAUUGUAAAAAUUAACAGAAUUGUUUGAAACAGUUAGAAAUGAAAAUUAAUCUCUUAAAAAUUAAAUUGAUUAAAGUUAAAAUAAUGAAUUAAUCAUUUCUAAUUAAUAAAAAUAAAUAAUAAAAUUAUAGUAAGAUAAUGUUGAAUUGGAAAUGAUAUUAAAGAAUACACUUUUAUAAUAGGAAAGAUAGAAAUUUCAAUAAUAAUCUUCAAAACAAUCAAUAAUGAUUAAAAAAAACUCAUAAAAUGGAUAAAAAUUAAAAUUAUUUAAUACCCUAAGUUUAAGUGAAGAAAUGAAUAAUUCCAAUAUAAAUGCUAGUUUUAUAUCAUGUUCAAAUAAUUAAAAAUAAAAAAGUCAUAGAAAUAAUGAAAGAGAAAAAACUAAUUAAACAGUUCCAACACUUCCUGAUUCAAAAAUUUAAUCAAAUGAUUAAUAUUAUAUACUUAAAUAAGGAAAGGAAAAUAUUAAGUUUAAAUGUUGA